CCGGUACACAAUUUCCGUUUAAUAUUGGAUCAUGGCGGAAGACCAGAACAACGCUGCGAAGACCGAAGUGACCGACGAAGUUCGCGCUGCUGCGGACACCGUCGCUACCGGUGCAUCGGAAAACAAUCAGGCCAGCGCCGACAAGGAGAACAUCGGCGCCAGCUUACCCAAGAAGUCCAAAAUGGACACCGACUUCCAUUCCCUACCGACGAGGCAGUAUUUAGACCAGACUGUCGUGCCCAUUCUUCUGCAGGCACUGUCGACGCUUGCCAAGGAGAGGCCUCCCAACCCGAUCGAAUACCUGGCGAACUACCUGAUGAAAAACAAGUCUCAGUUUGAGCAUGGCAGUCAUUCCGUCAACGGCCAGAACUGAAGCGGGGAGGAGAGGGGGUGGGGAGGCAGAGAGAGAAUGUUGUGUAUAUUUUUUCCUUUGUCUUUAUUUACAAAGCACGCGGACAAUGCUGCUCAUUUCUUUACUUCGCUGCCACCACAGUUUACUUUUUUUUCCUUCUCGUUUUGGAAGCAUUUAUUUUACACACUGUGGUAGUAGACAGUGCCCGAUGCGAAGUCUGUGCUUUCAAGCAGCACGGAAUGAUGUAUUGAAGUGUUUUAGGGAAUCAGUCGUUUUUAAAAGGAGUUAAACACAUGGUGCUUUUACUUGUGCGAGGCACAUGGUCCGAGUAUAAGCAGGAUUAUUGUUUCUUGAGGGAAAAAAAAAAGAUAUAUAUAAUGGUGUCGCCGGUGUUGAACGAGGCUUGUUAUUUUGGACGUCAUGUUGACGUCCUCCUCGCUCGCCGCGACGAGUUUGGACAGAUCGUGAAGUUUCCGAGACUUGUGAAGAGAGGAGGGCCGGUGAAGUAAUGAAAAUGAUGAAAUAUUGUCAAUAAAAUAAGUUGAAACAAA